UUUUUAUACAUAUUAUCUGAUUAUGGAUGACCUAGCUUGUAUGAUGUUGAUCAAUUCUUUUCUUCUUUUUCCCCAAGUAUAGCAUUGACAUGGCUAUUAACAUCAUGUUUUUCAUUAUGUAUUAACAGUGUGAUGUGUAGACCCGCCUCUAAUACCUUUUUUCUUUUCUUUUCAUUUUUAUUAAUGUUGAAUUAAUUGUGUAACUAUCAAAGAUGUUACUCAUAUAACCAAGGCAGGAUGGUUAAGUGGAGAAGUACAUCCAGUAUUUUAUGUGAUCGUAAAAUCCUUUAAAGCUAAAAGUUAGUUUGAAAGGACAGGCAUAAGAUCAUCUUUGUUUAUAGUGCAAAAUGUUGGGUAGUUAAGUAUCAAUAUGUGCAAAAUAUGAGCAUGGCUGUGAUGGGAAUAUUAUGUUGGACAUGAGGCCAUACAAGAAAAAGCCAAAUAAGAAAUGAGAUCAUAUGUAAUAAAGUUGGAGCACUGCCUAUUGAAAAUAAGUGUGGGAGUCAUGAGUAAAGUGGUUGGAUAUGUGAAAUAAGACCUAUCAAUGCACUUGUGAACGGAGUGGAUAAAAUGGAAGAAGUUUAUAGAGAGCGAGUGAGGGAAACUCUAACGGACGAAGGAUAUAAUAGCCUCAUAUUUGAGAUGCCUUUUUUUCAUAUUUGCUCCUGUUGUCUACUUGUCUUUCUAGGAUUUAUUUUGCUUAGCUCAAAAUUUUGACAUCUAGCAGGCCUGGCUUGUAUUUGAUAUAAUUGCUAUCAAUACUGGGAUUUUUAUCAUUUGCAGUUUUUAAAGCUUAAAGUUUAUCUGGUAGUAUUUGAAUGCAGUUUUCCUUUCUUUUUCUUGACAAGUAAGUGGAUAUAUACUACGUAUAUUAUAUAUAAGCCACCAGAAUGUGGGGGCAAUCUCCAUACAAAUAGGAGAAUUGCCUAAAGUGCUUGACCAAAAAUAUAUGUAUAACUAAAUAAAAUAAAUAAAAGGACUUUGGAAAGCUAAGCAAAUCCUCCUUAAGCCAAACAAACAGAGAAACAAGAAGAUUCCUUUAACACAAAAAACUGACUCUCUAUACCUUCAAAGACACUCAAUUUUUUUCGUGCUAGAUGUAGUACCUGAUGGAGAAAGGAACCAAUCUCCAAUCACUAAAAUACCUCCUACUUGGACAAGCCCAGCUCUAAGGACCUCACAGAAGUUAGCAUCAGCCAUGCGCAUCAGAAACACAAACAGGGGAAAAACAAUUCUAAAUAUCACAGGACACUGUACCAUGUAAUAAUAGAAAUGAGCAAAUGACUACUUUAUAUUCCUCUUACAUAGAUAGUGUCUCUUCACUGGACCGAGGCUUGGCAGCGGUCGUUUGGUGUUAUCAGAGACGCACUGUGUUUGAGGCAUUGCUGAGGUGUACGAGGCCAACAAGGCUCUGGGAUAUCUAUGCUUUUACCUCUCACCCUUCCAGAUUCAGGAACACUAAUCCUAAGACGCGGUUGCUAAUUGAGUACUUUAGGCUUCUUGGAGUGGGUUCUUAUCAUGCAUCAACGACCUUUAUUGAAGAUGAGUCUUUCACUCUGUCAAAUGAAUGGUGGAGAAUUAGUUCCAUGAAUUCAAACUACACUAUGUGCCCAACUUAUCCAUUUGCCUUGCUUGUUCCCAAGUGCAUUAGUGAUGAGGAAGUGCUCCAGGCUUCCAUGUUUCGUGCGCGGUGUAGGUUGCCUGUAAUUUCAUGGUGUCAUCCAGAAACUGGAGCUGUUCUUGCACGGUCAUCCCAGCCAUUAGUUGGUCUCAUGAUGAAUAUGAGGAGCAAUGCUGAUGAAAAGCUUGUUGCUGCACUUCGCGCUCAGCUUGCUGAUGCAAAGCAACCACAAAGGAAGCUUUAUAUUGCAGAUGCAAGACCUCGAAAAAAUGCCUUGGCAAAUAGUGCAAUGGGAGGUGGAUCAGAAUCCUCUUCUAAUUAUUUUCAUUCUGAGAUAGUUUUCUUUGGGAUAGACAAUAUACAUGCCAUGAGGGAUAGUCUUUCUCGGCUUAGAGACUACUUAGAUACUCAUGGUACAACUUCAUCAGAUGGAAUGUCGUCAUUCUUGAGACACGGUGGAUGGACUUGGGGUGGAGGUAAUCUCAGCAGCAUGUCUGCUUCUGUAUCAACGCUGGGAGACAGUGGUUGGUUAAUACAUAUUCAGAGUAUCCUGGCUGGGUCUGCUUGGAUUGCAGCACGUGUUGAUUUAGAAUCGGCAUCUGUCCUUGUUCAUUGCAGUGAUGGGUGGGACAGAACAACUCAGUUGGUCUCCCUUGCUAGUUUGUUGUUGGAUCCAUAUUAUCGAACUUUGAAUGGGUUUCAGGCAUUAGUGGAAAAAGAUUGGCUGGCAUUUGGUCAUCCAUUUUCGGAUCGCUUGGGAAUGCCAGCAAUAUCUGGAAGUGGUAACAUGGCUUAUGAAUUACCUCGGCAGUUUUCAACUGGAAGUCUCCCAUCACCAUCCAUGCGUCAAGCAUCAGGAUCAUUUACAGCUCAAACUCAAAGUUCUUCUCAUGCUCAAACUUCAAAUAACUGCUCUCCCAUAUUUUUGCAGUGGGUUGAUUGUGUUUCACAGCUCUUGCGGAUGUAUCCUUUUGCAUUUGAAUUCUCCUCGGUUUUCCUGGUUGAUUUCUUGGACUGUGUACUUUCUUGUAGAUUUGGAAACUUUUUUUGCAAUAGUGAGAAGGAAAGACAGCAAUCUAGCAUCCCUGACACAUGUGGAUGCUUGUGGAUGUAUUUGGCUGAUUUGCGGGCAUUAGAAGGAAAAGCUCAUGUGCACUAUAACCCCUUCUAUGAUCCAUCAAAGCAUACAGGGCCUCUGUUACCACCUGCAGCAGCUUUAGCCCCAACUCUAUGGCCUGAAUUCCAUCUCCGGUGGGCUUGCCCUUCAGAAGCCCUGUCAGGGGAGGUUGAAGCUAAAUAUAGGGGCAUGUCUAACAAAUUCUCUGAACUGCAAAUGGCAAAAGAACUGGCAGAAAAGAGAGUUAAAGAAAUGGCUGCUACCAUGGAGUCCUUGACUGCGGCAUUGCAAAAUGAGAAACAAAUCAGCAGCUCAGCAAUGAAUUUGGCCAGGAGUGCAAGCAAGGAAAGUGUUGCAAUAAAGAGAGCAGUACAGUCUCUCGGGUGCAAGGUUCACUUCUCUUGCAGUGGUGACUGUAUUGUUGACAUUGAGAGCAACUUGACAGCAAGUCCACAGAAAUUUAUGCAGUCUCCUUCAAAAAGAAAAUCAGAUGGAACCAUGCAGGAUGAUGAGAAAUCAGAUCUCUCCAUGCCGAUAGCAGCCAUGGAUGAUGAUACCAAUUCCGAUAAUCCAAUUUUUAGGAUUUGUGAAUCAUUAUGCCCAUUCCGCACACAAGAUGGAGGGUGCAGGUGGCCUGAUGGUUGUGCUCAAUUCAAAAAUCAAUUUGUUGGUAUCAAAGCAAACUUUGACGCAUUGGAUCGUCUCUCUAUUUAUGACAGUUAUUUUCACUGAAUGAAAAUAUUGGGAGUAUUUAUCUUAGCAGCAGCACCAACUUUUUGGCCAUGAUUACUGUCUGAGAGGACCUUUCUGAAAGAAACUAGACAAAGUUUUGUAGGAAACUCUUUGUUAGAACAGAUACAACAGGUAAAUAGCAGAGUAGGAUGUAGACGGACAGCGCAGGAAGAUGGACCAGGCAUCAGGCAUGUGUUUUCAUCAUACUGUGACAAUAUGGAGCUAGCUCUGGACCAUUUGGCUUUCUGAUAAUGGCAAGGACUAAGCCAGAAAGCUUAAAAAUGUUAAUGGCUCAAUAGCUGGUGGUGUCUUAAGCAGUCCUUAGAAACACUGCAUUGACACAUUCCCAUCCAUCUCCACAUUAUAUUCAACUGUGUACAGAUAUUUAGCAAGCAAUUGACUGUUGAAGAGGUCCAAUCAGGGUUCUUGUAGACCAGGAUGGUUGGAAAUAAAGUUCUGCAUUCUAGUGGUGGAAGCUCUGUUUCUUCUUCUUCUUCUUCCUGCUGGAGGAACAAACGAUGGAAGCUGUGUGUCAGUCAUAUGCUUACGUGUUAUAGUUGUAAAUAUGGACCGAGGCUACAUUUGUUGACAAUAUUGUGUUCGUUUGAUCGUAAUUAAGAAUAAAGAUUCAGAUGUAGAUUGGUGCAUGUUUGAAUAGAAUCAAGCUAUAUGGAACUGAGGAAUAGCCUUUGGUCUCCUGCCCUAGCAGGGUAUUUGAAGGCAAAAGUGGAUGCCUCUUUUAACAUAAAUCAGUCUUCUGGAGGUAUUAUCAUAAGGGACUAUAAAGGCGAUUUUCAAUAAAGCAAGAACAUGUCAAUUUUACUCUCCGGGGGUUGCUUGCAGCAGAGGCAAGUGUGGCUAGACUGGCUCUCUCAUGGAUAGAAAGACUGGAACUUGUGAUCUUGGGAUUGAGUUUGGUGCAUUGAACCAUGGGGGGUGUGGCCUUAUGAUGGAGAUGUCAAUUGGUAUUUUUUAACUCCAACUUGGUAUUAGUAAUGUAAUUGAUUGAUUGAUUGAUUGCAGUUGCGUGGGCACGCUGUGCGCGUGAUCCAUGCAACGGUUCUCUUUACACCGACAUUUUCUAUCAUUUUUCUUGGUCCUAGUCUCAUUAGGCUGUGUUUGGACUUUGGAGUGUACUGCCCCAAGGAAAGACGGUGUAAAUAAUCGUAAACUGUAAUAGUCACAAUCCACACUUUU